AGUCCUCCGCUCUACCAACUGAGCUAUCGAAGGGAGACGUUCACUCCAGCCAGAUCUACUGGUUUUAAGGGCGUACAGUCACGUGUUUUUAUUUUUAGUGUGUUAUUCUAUAGCAAUUUCGACUGCAAGUAUUAAAUACUUCGCUAGUUAUGAUGGAUUUUCACACCAUUUAAUGCAUAGAUUUAGGUCCACAGACAUAUACGUAUUCACGUCUAUGCUUGUGCUGCUAACGAGGCUAUAGCUUCUCAGCUAAGCUAACUUAGCUUAGCUAAGUAACAUUACCUAAAGUAAACCGGUGUCGGUAAAUGGUAUCCUAUAACUGUAUAAUGACUUCUGUAUUAUCAAGUUUGUGUGGCACCAGACAGCGAUUCGGCUCCACAGCUGGCACCAUGGAGAACCUGGAGAAGCAGCUGACUUGUCCCAUAUGCCUGGAAAUGUUUACAAAGCCUGUUGUCAUUUUACCUUGCCAGCACAACCUCUGUAGGAAAUGUGCCAAUGAUGUUUUUCAGGCUUCAAACCCGUACUUUCCAACCAGAAGUAGCUCGUUGACGUCUGGUGGCCGUUUCCGAUGCCCAUCCUGCAGGCAUGAGGUGGUCCUGGACCGACACGGUGUCUACGGCCUGCAGAGGAACCUGCUGGUUGAGAAUAUCAUUGAUAUGUUUAAACAGGGAUCCAGCAGCAACAGCAAGCCGGCGCCGGAGCAGAAGGACGAAACGCCCAUGUGUGACAUCCACGAGGAUGAAAAGAUCAACAUUUUCUGCGUGAGCCACGGCGUGCCCACCUGCUCCAUGUGUAAAGUUUUUGGAGCCCACAAAGACUGUGAGGUGUCCCCCAUCAGCAGCAUCUACCAGACUAAAAAGACGGAGCUGAGUGACGGGAUCGCCAUGAUGGUUGGCAACAACGACCGGAUUCAAGGCAUCAUGAGUCAGCUAGAGGAAGCCGGUCGUGCCAUAGAGGAGAACGGUCGGAGGCAGAAAACGCUUGUGUGCGAGAAGUUUGACCAGUUGUACUCGCUCCUGGAGCAGAAGAAAAGGGAGAUGACUCAGAAGGUGACGGCUGAACAGGAAGAGAAGGUGGACUACAUUCGGAGCCUGACAAGGAAAUACGUCGACCACCUGGAGGAGAGCUGCAAGAUGGUGGAGAUGGGGAUUCAGACUAUGGAGGAGUCAGAAAUGGCUUUGUUCCUUCAGAACACAAAACCUCUCCUUCAAAAGAUUGCAGAUGCAUCCAGUAUGUCACACUUGGAUAAAGUCGAGCGAGGAUACGAGCAAAUGAAUCAUUACAGCGUUGAUUUCAGGAAGGAGCGCAAGGCCCUGCGGAGCAUCGACUUCGUCCGGGAUGACGAGGACGAGGACGAGGAGGAUGCUGCUGAUGCAGGUGAUGAGCAGAAAGAAGAGGCUCGGACUGAUUCUGCAGGUGUCGUGCUUCCUGCCCCUCCUGCAUCUCCUGCAUCUCCUGCCCAGCCGUCUGCCCCUCAGCAGACCUAGUCACCUUCCUCCCACGCAAACACCGCCAUCAAAAGACGGAGAACUCUUUCUCUUUGUUGAUUUCAAGUCAGUUGCGAUGCAUUUUCACCCAAACGGGCAGGAGUGCAGGAAAAGCCUGCGCUAAAGGAAACGCCUGAGCGGAGGAGGGUGGAUCUAAAGAAGGAAGGGCAGAGAUAUUCAUAGCUCCCAUAAGUCCACUCUGGCUGAUCUUAUUUCCUUUUAUCUCAUUAAUUAUGUAUGUUUUUAACUCCUCCUUUUCAUUUUGAGCAUAAUUAAAGACGGACUGUCUAUUGGCCGUUUCCAGAACUCAUCUAUCCAUUUUUCAUGUGGCUGACCUUUUGCAUCCCACAGCUAAAACUGCAUCAGACAGAAUAAAGGAGACGGAUUCAGACUUUUUGUGACCGUUAUGAUUUUUACGACUCAGAACAGGCGCAUAGAGAAAUAUCACGCAGAAAUUUCUAUAUUCAGGAAUUGUGUUAUUUUCCACUUUACAUGUUUUGUGUCAUUAAAAGUGGUUUAACUUCA